AUGUCACACGAAGAAUUUCUCACCGACAUCUAUUCUUGCUUAUCUACUAUUAUAGCCAAGAAGUCUUCAAAAGAAACUUUUUCGAAAUCCUCUCCUGCAUUACUCAUUUCUAUUCGACGUUUUGACAAUUCUUUAAUUAACGUUCAAAUUUCUCAAGAUGCUCGUGUUUUUCAAUUGAAGAAAGCAAUUACGGAACGUUUUGUCGAAAAGAAGAUCAAUUGGAAAACGAUUUGGAAGAAAUAUGCCCUGUCAACAUCGGAUCGACGGCAAUUAUUGAACAACAAUCGACGCGUGCAAGAUUACGGAGUCUCGACUAACUGUGAACUCUUUUUUGUUCGUCGACAUUGUUCAAAAUAA